ACCGCUUAUUAAUAUUCAUAUUUCCCCGCCGGUAAAACCCUAAACCCGAGUUUCCAACAGUCAAUAAACAUUGUCAAGAUCCAAACGCUGCUGGUUCAGUUCACAAUUCACUGAGUCUCAGGUAUGCAAUUCAGCACUCAUACCAUCUCUUAUUACCUGAACUGUUUCGGACGAUCCACUUCACAAUCUAGGUUUAGGGUUUUGUCUCAGUUCAUAUCUUCAGUUUCGAGCCUCAAAGUAGCUUGGCGUAAAGACAUCAAGCUAGACCAAGCCAUUGAAAACGAUAAACAAUGGAGACUCUGUGCAAGAGUCGUCAAAGAGGUACUAAACGAGCCAGGUCAAGUUAUCCCACUUCGUUACUUAGAGAAACGUCGUCCAAGACUGGAAACAUGCAAUCUAGGCCUGAUCACAAUCAAGACCUUUCUUGCCCGAAACCCCGGUCUCUUCGAUACCUAUCUCGAUCGAAUCAGACCCAAAUCAGAGCCUGUCCCUUUUAUUCGUGCUAGCGAUAGGCUGCAGCGAUUUUUAGAAGAAGAAAAGAGAAUUAGGACUGAAAACGAGCCGUUAAUUGUUGCGAAAUUGUGUAAAUUGUUAAUGAUGUCGAAGAAUAACGUGGUUAGUGCAGAAAAAUUGGUACAUGUCAAGAGGGAAUUUGGGUUUCCCGAUGAUUUUAUGGUCAGUUUGGUGCCAAAAUACCCUGAAUAUUUUAGGCUAGUUGAGCAUCCAGGAGAGGAAAAAUCAUUUCUUGAACUGGUUUCAUGGGAUUCCAAGUUUGCGAAGUCAGCAAUAGAGCAAAGGGCAGAUGAGGAGUCGAGGUUGACGGGGAUAAGGAUUAGACCAUCUUUUUAUGUUAAGCUUCCCCCUGGGUUCUUUCUUAGGAAGGAAAUGAGGGAAUGGGUUAGGGAUUGGAUGGAACUUCCAUACAUUUCGCCCUAUGAUAAUGCAUCCCAAUUGGACCCAUCAUCGCGAGAAAUGGAGAAGAGGACUGUUGGGGUUUUUCAUGAGUUGCUUUCGCUUUCUCUUUUCAAGAGGAUCCCAGUGCCGAUUUUGGGAAAGUUUAAUGAAGAGUAUAGGUUUUCAAAUGCGUUCUCAAGCGUGUUCACAAGGCAUUCGGGGAUAUUUUACAUGUCUUUGAAAGGUGGGAUAAAGACUGCAGUGCUGAGGGAGGCGUACAAGGAUGAUGAAUUGAUUGACCGGGAUCCGAUUCUUGAAAUAACAGACAAAUUUGUUGAGUUGUUGGAUGAGGGACGCAGGGAGAGAGUUGAGCAGCUGAGGUUGCAGAGGGAAGCAGUUCAUAAAGAUAUAGAAAUGAUGGCAAUGGGAAAUAGUGAACGACACUAGCCCGAAUGCGGGGAACAAUUGCAAAAGUUUGAAGAUUUAGAUGGUUGAUGAAAGCAGCUGGAUCUUAUAUAUUGGUGAAACUGCUAUCAAGGGUGGUUGCCUUUUGUUGUUUGGAAGACAUUUUUGUGCGAUAGCUUCAUCAUUUGGGAAUGGAGCAAUCAAGGUUUCCGUGUUACGUGUUGGAAGCCUCCAAGUAAUUUUGUGUAUGGAUAAAUUUGUGCUUGAUACAUACAAAUGACUUAAUAUAUUUUGGCGUGCACAACAAGAGGCUUUGCCCAUCAUAGCUGUUAACAAUUGCAGGUAUAUGUUCUGCCAAUAUUCCCCAUACAACAAUUUUCCUUUCAUAUCCUCCUACAACAAAAUUGGAUAUGUUCUGCCAAUAUUCCCCAUACAACAAUUUUCCUUUCAUAUCCUCCUACAACAAUUUCAUCAUGUGCCCCAUUGUCAAUUUCACUUCAAUAAAAUCCGAUGUUGGGAUUUUCCAUGAUCUUGUAAUGUUGUAGAUAUCUGCCUAGAGAAAAAUUGAGACCAUAAAGGAAUGUCAGGAAGAAAGAAUCAAUAAUUAUGGCAUUUGGCAAUGCAAAACUAUGAAGUACAUAGCCAAUACAUGAAAAGACGAUGGUGAGAAACAACUCAAUAUGGUCUUUCCUUCUAUUCAUGUUUGCAAAUAGUUCAAUGCAAAUGCAAAGUUUUGAUGAAUGAGAAUCUACCCUGGCUUGACAUGAGACAAAACUGAAGUUAUUGCCCACUGCGAAAGGCCUGUCGAUGAUUUUGCUUUGUUGCUCUGCCACAGCAAUGAAUGAAUUUAUUUACUGAUUAUCAGUAAAUUCUCAUGGAGAGCUGAAGAAAAUUGAAUUUGGGAAGAUGGUCGUUUCAAUAGAGUGGUGGUGGCUGUGAUACUGCCUUGAUGGCUUCAGAUUCUGGAUGAAGGUAGUGGGCACAUCAUGGUAGCCUUGAGGAAGCAAGCAAAGUAACGGAAGCUUUAUGUAUUUGGAGAGCUGUCUUUGGGAAGACAAUCAUUUCAAAGGAUUGGUGGUGAUUGUGAUACUGCUUUGAUGGCUUCAGAUUCUGGUUUUUUGUUGAAUAAUUUGCAAAUCUUGAUCUAAAUUGUGCAUCAAGAUGCUCAUGCUUGCAAUUCGGAGUAUGCUAUGUGAACAUAUCUGUUUGUAUAGUCGAACCCCUUCACCCUUUAAAAAAGAAGAAGAAGAAAUCUUCAAUCCUAUGAAUGAAAGUAGUAAGACUGUCCUUUCUCCUUUCUGUAUAUGAAGACUGUAACUGCCGCAUCAGGCCUUUAGACAAACCUUCGAUGUGGAUACAUGUGCAUAGUGUUUCAAUUGAAUAUUUACAAUUCAUUUGGUUUUUCAAAGUUUCACUUGGGGAAAAAAUGGAAUCUCCUUUGACAUCCUUUCCCCCCCCCCCCCCCCCCUUGACGGUGUUCAUAUAUUUCAUAUUAUAUUAGUGAAAAUAUUUUUGUUCGCUAAUAACAAAAAAAGUUCAUGCGAUAAUUCCAUUAUUGUUAUUGAUGACUUUAUUAAAAUGUAGUUUUGAUAAUGUUGAUUUUUUUUAAAUUUAAAAUACUGAGUUGUUUGUAUUUAAAAUAUUGCUAUUGCUGACCAUUUAUUUUAUGGGAAAUUCUAAAAAAAAUAAUUAUUCUGUGCUUUGUUUGGUUCUUGUAUUUGUGAAAGGAAAGAAAAAGGACAGGGAGAAAGAUAGGAAAAUAAAAUGAAGUGAGAGAAGCUAAGCCUUUAUUUUAUUAUUAUAAAUAAAUAAAAAGCAAGUACAAGUAUUUUAUUCUCUUUUUAUUUUCCUUUCCCCCUCAACAACUCUGAGAUCCAAACAUAGUUUACGCGUAAUUCCUAACGAGAAUGAUGUAACAGUGACAUUUAGAAGCUCGCUUUUGUUUUAAAGUUAUAUAAAAUCCUAAUCUACCGCAUCAUUUAUGGAUAAAAUUUGUGUGUAGUUUUUCUAUUUGAAUUGCAUACACUUUAUAGAUUGAUUUCUCAGUUGUUAUGGGGCAUUGGGGCUGAUGGCACAUAAUCAUUUUACGAAACUGCAUAUUACAUUUGCCCUUCUAUUUAAUUCUUGGGCACAAAAACAGCACCUCAACACAAAAUGAAUGAAGCUAAACUAUUCAGAACCUAAACUUCUCCUUUUUGUUAACAACCAUACCAAUGCACUUUCUUUGCUGUUCUCUUUUAUCUAAUCAACCCACCAGAAAACCUAAAUUAAGGAAAUGAGAAGUACAUGAUUUGCUUUAGUAUAGAUAGAAUCGAGGAUUACUUCAUAACUACAUUCCUUCGCUGCC